AUGGAUACCGAAACUUUACUUCCACGCCUUGGGCCAGAAAAAGCCAUGCUCAGGUCUUCUGGCUCGUCCAAAAGAUGCACCUUCUUGUGCUUGAUUUUAAUCAUAUUAUUGUUGGUGUUUGCCGUCUUAACUACACGACGCUACUAUCUGCCGGAUUACAAGGCGCUUAUUGUGGAUUUGGAUAAACCGGUACAGAUCAAGACGUCGAUUGCUACGGGUAUUACUUUAAAUUGCCCGUUUGACGGAUGUGUUCGUCCGUUUGUUCCGAUGGCACCACUAUGGAUUGCUUCGAAAGGCGAUCAAAUCGCUGCAUGCAAAAUCGAGAAAAAUAUGUCAACAUUUUUGACGGCCAUGAUGUGCUACCUCAAUCGAACCGAGGAAUUUUUGGCUGCGGGCCGGGCAUUGCAUUCUGAAUCGUGGAAUCAGAGAUACUGCCGCAAUACGAUCGAAUUUAUUGAAGAAAACCGGCCGUUCAAUUUAUCGGACUUACCGCCACGACAAACGAAAUCUUGGCAUACGAUGGUGAUUGUUAGAGAUCCGCUUGAUCGAUUUGUAUCGGGAUUUGUUGAAAAAUGCCUGAAUACUCAACCCUCACCAGGGUGGCGUUACAUAUGCUAUCGUUGUUUUGGCGAUAUUUCGUGUUUCCUGAACGAGUUGCUGCAUCGAUUGAAAUCGUUCGUGCUCAAGCCGCAGCGCCACAUUGAGGCCCAGCACUUUGCGCCGCAGACAUGGUAUUGUGGCUUUGAAAAUAUCGAAUAUAAGCUUAUCAACUACGGAACGGAUCACGCUUCUCGAGAUGUAAUGAAUCGGCAAAUUGCGGAAUUUUUAGAGCAAAGUGGUGUGGAGAGGCGG